AAGCCCCCAAGCGCACCGAAGCCCCCCCUCCUCUUCGCCGCCAUGUUCCGUCGUGCCGCCCUCCGCGCCGCCCAGCAGGCGUCCGCCGCCAAGACGCGCGGCCUCGCCACGUCGCAGUUCCGCGCCGCCAACAAGAACAAGCAGCCGAGCGCCAUCGUGCUGGCCGCCGCCGGCGUCGCGGCCGUGAGCGGCCUGGCGCUCACCGACCUGGUGAACGCGCGCGAGAAGCCCGUGGACAUCGACGCCAUCAAGAAGGAGAUCGUCGAGAUCUUCGACGACGACAACUACAUGGGCCCCACGCUCGUGCGCCUCGCGUGGCACUCGUCGGGCAGCUACAGCAAGGUGGACAACAGCGGCGGCUCCACGGGCGGCACCAUCCGCUUCGACCCGGAGAUCAACCACGGCGGCAACGCCGGCCUGCACCUGGCCGUCAAGGCCCUCGAGAAGGUCAAGAAGAACCACCCGGAGAUCUCGUACGCCGACCUGUACGUGCUGGCGGGCGUGGCCAUGAUCGAGGAGAUGGGCGGCCCCGAGAUCCCCUUCCGCCUCGGCCGCCCCGACGCCAAGAGCGGCAAGGAGCCCACGCAGACGCCCGACGACCGCCUGCCCAACGCCGACAUGGGCAGCAAGGACAAGACCACGCAGCACGUGCGCGACGUCUUUUACCGCAUGGGCUUCGACGACCGCGACAUCGUGGCGCUCGUGGGCGCGCACGCCAUCGGCCGCUGCUACCCCACGCGCAGCGGCUACAGCGGCCCGUGGACUAACGCCGAGUGGACGUUCUCGAACGAGUUCUUCCGCGAGCUGCUCGAGAACAAGUGGACCAUCAAGAAGUGGAACGGCCCCACGCAGUACGAGGACCCCACGGGCAAGCUCAUGAUGCUGCCCGCCGACAUGGUGCUGAUCCAGGACCCCAAGUUCAAGAAGUACGUCGAGAUGUACGCCAAGGACGAGGAGCUGUGGUUCAAGGACUUCUCCAAGGCCUUCGUCAAGCUCACGGAGAACGGCGUCAAGUUCCCGGAGACCUCGGGCUGGCGCAAGUUCUUCGGCGGCAAGUAAGUGCCCUCUCAUACCUCUC